ACAAUCUCUCAGCAGGGUUGUCGUUCUAUGCUCACACAUACAGUUAAUGUAAUGUAAUCGUCAUGUAAGAUAUUUAUUAAAUAAUACCAAUAUUUCAAGAUAAAGCGAUAUCUCGUUUGUAUGCUUUGUGCUGACGGAACUAUAAACACAACAGCGUACAAUUCAGUACUAAGGAUGUUAAAUUUAGACUGAUAAUAUACUUGAUCGAGAACUUAUCAUGGCCAUUAAAAGUUUAAAUGAUUGUGUAAGGAAAUUCCUGUUCUGUUCGGUGUUCUGUUUGACGCAAUGUGUCAGUGCAGAUAUAAAGAACGUCUUCACGGCUGCUGUAUACGAGCAUAACUUGUACCUACCACCAGUGACGCCACUUCCGCUGCCGCGCGAACGGGCACUCGAAAUCAUGAUGACAAACGUCCAUGUCUAUCAGGAGCAGACGAAAAUUGCUGCAUUGAAGGGUGCAAAUAUCAUAGUGUUUCCAGAGGACGGAGUUUAUGGCAUGGUUCUGAGAACUCGGGCGCUACUUUUCCCGUUCAUGGAAUAUAUCCCGGAACCAGAACUCGGUUGGAAUCCGUGUCAGCAUCCUGACUUGUACCCGGAGACGGAAAUUCAGUUUGCACUUAGCUGUAUGGCGCGGUAUAAUAACAUUUACGUUGUCGCGAAUAUAGGUGACAAACAACCAUGUAACGUUUCCAUUGACCCGAGUUGUCCGCACACCGGUUACUACCAGUACAAUACUGAUGUCGCGUAUGAUACAAGGGGAACCCUCGUUGCGAAGUAUCAUAAAUACAAUUUAUUUUAUGAGUUUCAGUUCGACAAGCCUUCAAAGCCAGACAUAAGCGUAUUUAGCACGCCUUUCGGACGGUUUGGUUUAUUCACUUGUUUUGAUAUUCUGUUCGAACACCCACCGAUAGAUCUUAUAUGUAGCCACAACAUUUCCAAUAUCGCCUUUCCCACCGCGUGGAUGGAUGCUGGUCCUUUCUUCACUUCCGUUCAGUUCCAUUCAGCGUUCGCGUUAGGGCUUGGUAUAAACUUUCUAGCCGCUAACAUCCACCACCCGUCGCGUCGUUUCCAUGGCAGCGGUAUCUACACGCCACAAGGAGCGGCCGGAUACUACUACAACACCAGUAACGACAGUGGCGGGCAGCUGAUUGUUCGGGAGAUUCCGGUCGUUGACCAGCCCAGACUGAAGGCGUGCCGUGGUUUGAACAGUUCACAGCCUUUCCUUACCGAUCACAUUCACACAACGGACGAAGCAGUUCAACACGACGACGAGAAAUUACAGCAAAGAAGCAUAACUGAUGCCGAUUCCGAAACUGAAUCGUUAUAUUAUGAUAAGGCGAGUAUUAAUGAUGCUAUCGAUGGGGUAAAUACAAUUCCAGAGGAGAAAGGAAUCAGACCAUAUCAACAUAAAGCUGAAAUACACUUAAACGCUGGAGUUGCAUCAGAUGCAUCGCCGUUAAAAAUAAAUUUUACACAAACACAUACAGCUGCUGACAACUAUGAAAGUACUGAUGCCGCUGAAAAGGCCAACAGUUCUGAAACUGAAGCACAAUUCGUUGACCUUGACUCAACAACUGACUCAGUUCGGUUUCCAAACAAUACUAAUUCCGUUAUCAGCUUAAAUGGAACUGACAUUUUAUUGCGACAUGAACUUCACAAUGAUAUGUUUCAAUACGAUUUGUUCUACGAUCGUUUCAACUUAGUUCCACUCAGACUGGAAGGCAGUAAAACUUCAGUGUGUCAUACUGACCUUUGUUGUCACAUAUCGUACAGUUUAGGACGCAUACACGGACCUGGAGUGGAGAACCAAACACAAACAUCAAAUGAAUUCCAGACAGCAUGUAAACAUUCAACAUAUCAUUUUAAUACAACAGAAGAUAGUGAAGAGGUAGAUGUUGCUAUUUCGAAUAGUGUAAACAAACGGGAAGCAUAUGAAGACGAGUUCUAUGCCCUUGGAGCCUUUGAUGGCCUUCAUGUUUACGAAGGCAGGUACUACAUUCAGGUCUGUACCGUAAUUCGAUGUCGUAAAUAACUGAAUGUUGUAAACUGCAGUGACAGAAUGGGGGAAGAAUUCAGUGUGCGGUUUAGUCAUUUCGAGGUGAUCGGAAACUUUUCUUCUUCGUAUCUAUAUCCUGAGAUAUUACUACAAGGCGAUCAGGAUUUUAUGUUGACAGAAUAUCCCAGCAGAUGGUCUUUUUCAGAUGGUCACUUGAUCGUAAAUGAACCAUUCCCCUCGCCAUUGGCAGUGGCGACACUAUUCGGACGAGAUUAUGACUGGGAUUAGAGUGAAUGAAUCCUUUAAUUAAGAUGCACUUUUAAAGAAGUUGAACGGUAUAAAACAAGCUACUUGUAUCUAUAAUUAAAAAGUUUAUUUAAAUUUAAUGCUGAUGAUUAUAGUGUGAGGCUAAAUUAUGUUAUUUUCCUAUUUCUGGCUUAAACAAUUGUUUACGAGCAUGUAAGACGUUCAAAUUGAUUCAUCAAAAGAACAUGCACAGAAGAUGAUACUGUUUAAUGCAUUUAAGAGUGUAACACAAGCAGAUGCGUUGCAGGUUACAAGUGCUUAAAAAUAUAUCAAAUUGAUUCUUAAGAAGCAGUUAAUUUUGCAUUACAUGUAUUUUCAUUCUCAUUUUCAUAGCAAAAAAGCACACAUAUUUUUAAGAUUAUUAACAUACUUUCUAAAAUCUUAAUAACGCUUGUGACGGAAUCCUUAUGCAAUGCUGUAUUAUUUAUUUGAACUCUACGUGCUCCUCAAAAACAUAAAAGACAAUGAUAUUCCGUUUCAACAACGAUUAGGUUAAAUUAUUAUCACAUUCGUUCUGUUUACAGCUUCAUAGCAGUUUCGACUACGGAGAAUGAAUUGAAGGUUUGAAUAGUGAUACUUCUUUCGAAUACGUGUCAUUUGUUUGAAUAUCAGGAUAUACUUCACAUGCCAAAUUGUGAUUCAAUAUAGAUACAUUCAUUAUCCAAUAAAAUGUUAACAGCGAUUUAA